UUUUUUUUCAUUCUUGUUGUAAAGGUAAAGAAAAAUAGGAUAAACUGGAGUUCAGAUAGAAAUAGUUUAGAGUUCUUGAAAUGAAACCGAUUUUGCUUAUACUAGGUAUUUUAUUGUUGUUUGGUGUAUCUGCGAUCAGAGGGACAGAUUCCUUGGAAUGUUACAGUUGUUCUGAUGCUCAAAGCUUUAACGAAUGUGAAUCAGUGGAAACAUGCGAGACAGGACAGGUUUGUUUCAAGAAAAGAGAAUAUGAAAACCAGGUUCAGUUUACAAUGGGAUGCAUUGACAAAGAGAGUUGUGGCAGGCACGAUUCACGUCAAAAUUCAACUGCAAAAAUGAACGCUGAUAAGACAAGUUAUUGUUGCGAAUGUUGCUCGAGGGAUAAAUGUAAUGAACAUCUCUGCUUUCAUCUUCCACACUCCCUUUGUCAAGAUGACAAGUCGGUGGAUUGUGCUAAAUUGGACUCGAUGUUUGAUAUUUGUGAGGUUUCGAGUCAAGCAAAGAAAAUAUGUCCAAGAUAUUGUAAUCUAUGCCAUCUGGUUGAUGGUAACUGGUCUCCCUGGUCACCAUGGACAUCAUGUGACGUAACUUGUGGAUCAGGAUUAUUGUUACGACAUCGAACAUGCACUAACCCAGCACCACAAAAUGGAGGUCUUGAUUGUCCGGGCAAUGGAACUGAACAACAAACUUGUCAUCUGAAGUUAUGUCGAGUACAUGGUGGCUGGGCUUUAUGGGGUAUUUGGGGAAUAUGUUCGGUAACAUGUGGUGAAGGAAUGAGAAAACGUACACGUUCAUGUACCAAUCCACGUCCAGAACGUUUCGGCGACCAUUGUUUUGGUGAUAGUACAGAAGAUGAACUGUGUAACACUAGAUCUUGUGCAGUUGAUGGUGGCUGGAGUGAGUGGUCGCAAUGGGGAAUAUGUUCAGCGACAUGUGGCAACGUUGGGCUUCAAAAUCGUAUACGGUCGUGUACAAAUCCAACUCCAAGAAAUGCUGGUCAACAUUGCAUUGGACAAAACCUUGACGUUCAGCUGUGCCAUGGAUUAUGUACCGAUUGCUAUGAAUAUAAUAAGCUUAUGUCCAAGAAAAAAAGUGGAGUAUAUAAUGUACAUCCCUUGAAAACAAGCCGUGCAAUUCCGGUGUACUGUGACUUUGAUACAGAUUCGGGAGGAUGGACGGUCUUUCAAUUCCGAUUCAACGGCAGUGUUGAUUUCUACAGAAACUUUACUAAGUAUGAGAGAGGAUUUGGUUCAUUAGACGGCGAAUUUUGGUUAGGUCUUAAACAUAUAUACGAAAUGGUUUCCCGACACAAGACAGAGUUAAAAUUGGAUCUGACAGCGGCUAAUGGAAGGGUUAUGCACGGAACAUUUAAGAAUUUUCGCCUCAGUAAUGGCCCGUAUUAUACUCUUCGUAUGAACAUUGGAGUCAGUACUCCAGAUGAAAGUGAAGGAUUACCAAACCACGUUGGGCAAGCAUUUACAACUUACGACCAUGAUCAGGAUGCAUAUUCUAAAAACUGUGCUGUCUUAAGGGAUGGUGGUUGGUGGUACAAAAAUUGCGGCUAUACCAAUCUUAAUGGGAACUAUGCAAAACCAGGAAUAUUGUCAGUUGGCAAAUUUGCCCAUGAUGGAAUGUUUUAUCACUCCUUCACCAACAACUUUGAAUCAUUAAAAACCUCUAAAAUGAUGUUCCGCCGAGUAUAAACGUUUCUUUUUCAUACGUUUGAAAAUCUUAUCGGUGGUAGGGUUAUUGUGGUAUAUCGUUUUCCGUCUUUUACAAACAAUGAAUUUUGGUUAAAUUGUGUUUUCAUUUGGCAUGUCAGUAUGUUAAACGAAACAAAGGUCAAGUUCGAUUUGGCCCGUUACUUAUAGAGAUCUGC